UGGUGGUCUAAUAGUAUUGACAAAGUUAUCCAUGCACAGGCAAUUCCGAGACAUUUUUGAAAUUUUAGGUAUUUCAACGGGAAUCUCUUCAAAAGUCACCCUAUCACAAUUCUUUUUUCGUGAAAAGGAAGUUGACUUAUCCGUAGAAUAUUGACUACUCAUAUCACAUAGGGAUUUGGUUAUGUUUGUUUUUAAUUUAUCCACAGUCGAUGUUGAUUUUUCUACAACGUUAACGAGGUUUUCUGUUGAUUUGUCUGAACUUUCAGUUUUUUGGUUGAUUUCGGAUUCCUCAUCUUUCAAUAUUUUUGGCGAGUUGUUGUGUAAAAGACUCAUACCUCUGCCUCCAAUUCCGGAGGGUGUGGGUUCGAAUCCGUUCCAGGGCAUGCACCUCCAACUUUCAAGUUGUGUGCAUUUUAAGAAAUUAAUUAUUUAAGCGGAGAAGAAAAACAUCGUGUCUCAAACGGUGAAGGAAAACAUGGUGAGGAAACCUGCAUACCAGAGAAUUUUCUUAAACCUCUGCGUGUUAAAUCUGCCAUCCGCAUUGGGCCAACGUGGUGGACUAUUGGCCUAACCACUCUCAUUCUGAGAAGUGACUCGAGCUCAGCAGUGAGCCGAAUAUGGGUUGAUAACGACGAUACGAUACAUAGUUUAAUAUGCUAUUUGGACAAGCUUAAUUAAAAAUGAAUAAUGUUUCUAUUUAUAAGCCGAGUGCAAAAGCAUAUUGAUAUGGAAAAUAUCUACCUACCAUUACACCUAAUAGCCUCAUUCAGCAAAAUAAAUUACAAUCUCCCCUAGAAAUUAGAAUACAUUAAUAAAAUAUUUACAAUUUCAAAUCACAUAUUUAAUACUUAAUUAUGUUUUCUUUCAGGUCAUCAUGUGCGGAAUUUGGGCGACGUUUGGAGUUGAAGGCGGGUUGAGUGCAACGUGUCUCAAAUGCUUCUCGGCUAUAGUCCACCGUGGACCGGACGCUUGGCGCAUUGACCAAGACGCGAGGGAACCUAAAGCCAUACUGGGUUUUCAGAGGCUGGCCAUUGUCGAUGGACUACAUGGCAUGCAACCCAUGAGACUACAUCGCUAUCCUCGCAUAACUCUCAUCUGCAACGGUGAAAUAUACAACUUCAACAGACUACGUGAACAAUACCACUAUCCGUAUGAAACUAACUGCGAUGUGGAAGCCAUCAUUCACAACUAUGAGAAUUUCGGAAUCGCCGAUGCCGUAAAGCGACUUGACGGAGUGUUCGCAUUUUGUUUGGUCGAUGGCGAGAAGAAAAAGAUUUAUAUCGCGAGAGACCCUUACGGCGUUAGGCCGUUGUUUAAACUACAAGAUGAUGAGAAAGGAAUCUUGGCAAUCAGCUCUGAAGCUAAAGGCCUUGUUGGUAUAAAACAGAAGUUGGGUGAAAAACUAGCUCUGGGACAAUUCCCACCUGGCCAUUUCGAGGAAUGGGACAUUUUGGAAGAUGGGACGGUAAAAUACAAUUAUACCGAGCAGUAUUUCAAGCCAGGGACGCCUCCACGUUUUAUUCCAUUCGUAUCAGAGAAUGAACUUUCCAAAUUUAAUGUGUACGAAAAAACCGCAUAUUUAUUGGAAGCAGCUUGCAAGAAGAGAUUAAUGUCCGACAGACGUAUUGGCUGUCUCCUCAGUGGAGGUUUAGAUUCUUCACUUAUCACAGCUUUAGUUGUGAAGUUAGCUAAGAUACACAAGUUGCCAUAUAAAAUUCAAACUUUUGCAAUAGGAAUGGGGGAUUCCCCUGACUUGAUUGCAGCGCGGACAGUUGCGGACUACCUCGGUACAGAACACCAUGAAGUUAGAUUCGAUGAGAACGAUGUAAAAGAAGCGUUAGAUAACGUAAUUUAUCAUUUAGAAUCAUUCGACAUCACAACGAUACGCGCAAGUUUACCGAUGUACCUUCUCUCGAAAUAUAUAAAAGAAAACACUGAUACCACGGUCGUGUUCAGCGGUGAAGGCGCCGACGAAUUGGCCCAAGGUUAUAUUUAUUUCAGAGACGCUCCAAAUGAAACAGCAGCGCACGAAGAAAGCAUACGUUUGCUUUCUGACAUCUACUUGUACGAUGGGUUAAGGGCGGACCGAACGACCAGUGCGUUUAGUUUAGAACUCAGAGUGCCAUUUUUAGACAUACAAUUCACAAGUCACUAUCUAAGCAUAGAACCAUCCUUCCGUCAACCUCAGAACGGAGUUGAGAAGCAUUUGCUGCGUAAAAGUUUCGCCAAAAGUGGACUACUGCCCGAUUCAAUCUUAUACAGACACAAGGAGGCAUUUAGUGACGGCGUAGCAUCUGUAAAGAAAUCACUGUUCACAACAAUCGAAGAAAUAAUCAAGGAAAGGUUACCUGAAAACAAUUUACGUUUCCCUGGAUUGCAGCCACACAGUCUUGAGUCGAAGUAUUACCGGCACGUGUUUGAAAAGUCCUUCCCUGGCCAAUAUAACUUCACGCCGUACUACUGGAUGCCAAAAUGGGUGCAAGUUUCUGACCCGUCAGCUAGAUUUAUAAAGCACUAUGCCGCCUCAUAAGAUCUGAAGUCGAAAUAAAUGGACUGUCUCCCGGCACCUCAUAUUUUUGUACAUGAAUUUUAACAAUUACAGAGUUUAUAUAUUAAUUUAUUAAUUAUUUGAAAGAUACAUUGAAAUAAAAAUAUUCUUUAUU